GUGUUGUGUUGGAAGAGAAUCAGGAAGUGACUGAUCGUCCGGAGACAGCGCCACAGCUACUGACAGCGCCAUACACCGCCCCCCCCAGAUGUCCCUACUGGAAGAUUUUGGUGACAUGGAGGAGUCUGAUCUCCUCGAUUUCCUUCUGGAUGAAGCCUUUCAAGGUCAGGCGGUCCGUGAACCAGGGAUUACGGAGUGGUCCUUGCUGGGACCAGAGAUGCUGAAUGAACCAGCAGUAGAUGAUUUUCUUAGUGAGCUCCUAGGCAGUCCAGAGAAUCCAUAUCUGAGUAGCUCUCCCCCUGCUAGUGACAGUGGCAUUUCUGAGGAUCAGCUGGCUCUCUACUCACCUAGAUAUUGCGAUCCUUCACCACCCAACAGUCCCAACGUUGUUCAAAGUGAUCACAAUUAUUCCUUGCUCCAUGAGCGUGAUGAAGACUUCUUACACAGUGUGCGCUCUGAGACAUGCGAGGGAGAUGUUCUUAUAGACUUGGAUAUCUGUGUAGAGGCCUGUGACCCAAAGCUGGAAGAGCCCAUCUGUUUGAGUGUGGAGGAAGAGGAGGAGGAGGAGGAGGAAGGAGACUUGUAUUUAUCACAGCAGGACUUACAUCUCACUGAAGAGGAGGCCCGUCUUCUUGGAAAGGAAGGAGUCACUUUGCCCCAACAUUUACCCCUCACUAAGGCUGAGGAGAGAGCUCUGAAACGCGUGCGCAGGAAAAUCCGUAAUAAGCGCUCUGCACAGGAGAGUAGGAGAAAGAAGAAGGAAUACAUAGAUGGGCUAGAGAACAGGGUCACUGUUUGUACAGCCCAUAACCAGGAACUCCAGAAGAAAGUGCAGCAUCUGCAAAAUCAGAACAUGUCUUUACUGCAGCAGCUGCGGAAACUCCAGUCCUUGGUGAGACAGACAGGCGCCAAGACCUCUGCAUCCAGCACCUGUGUAAUGGUUCUGGCUCUCUCUUUCUGCCUUAUUCUUUUUCCAAACCUGUAUCCGUUUGGCUCAAGCAUGGGACAGCAUAACCUGCGUGGAGUCCUAUCACGACAGUUACGAGAAAUCAACCCAGAUCCUGCAGUUCCCAUUCUACCUGACCAAAAUGCUCAGCAAGCUGUGAACACUGAUUUUGGUCUGCAGGAGAAAUCCCUGGAUGAUUCUCUACUAAAUCUGUCUCUGGAAGAAGUGCAUCUUGAGCCAGAGUUACAGGGAGCACAGAAUGAUACUCCUGAAAUAGAAGACAUUGGGACUGCAGAGACAAAACCCUCGUUUAACAGCAAUUCCUCCUCUGACCUCCAAGUACAAAGCCCACCAAGGACUGAGGCAGAUUCUGCUCCUGAUCCUCUACAAUAUGUAGAUGCACGACACCCCCAACAUGUGCUGCCUGACAACCAGGAUUGGUUGGGGAUCUCUCGAAGUGUCAUCAUCACCCCACAUCUCUCUGAUGAGAUGUGAAAUAGAGACUGAAGCAAUCUGCAAAUUGAUUCAAAUAUGAGUUUACCUUCUGACAGCUGUUAUACUUGAGUUGCCUGUGAAGUAGAUGUCAAUUUCCACUACUUUUCCUGACCUUACAUGGCCUAAGCUGCCUCCUGCUCUAGGGUUGUUUGCUUAAUGAACUGACUUUGUACUUAUGUUCUAGGUGUUUGGAGUACCUGCGUACUGUUAUGGUGGGAAUGCACUUAAGGGGGAGACGGUCACAUCUCCCAAAACACUGAUUAAUCAAUGAUAACUUGACUAGCUUUUUUUCAUGGCAUGGUUCAUUUACUUUUAAGUUUAUAUGAAUGAUUUUGUAAUUGAUAUAAUAAUCUAGUUUAGACUAGGCAUACAUUGUAAAGGGUUUAAUUUUCCCUCUUCUUGGUCUGCUAGCUGUAAACUAAAGGAUGGAGCGUAUAACAACGUUUGACAGGUAGCUAAGAUGGAGGCGCCCCGUUAUAGGAUACAGAGAUGUAGAUUUAUACAGUUAAUUUUAUUUCACACACACCUCAAAAAUACAUAUUUGUUAAUUAAAUACUGGGAUAAGUAAACAGUUAAAAAUCCUGGGCUGUGACCGUUCUCCUUUCCAUGGAGGUGUGUUCUGGUAUAUUUUUAACCUCUCCUGAGAUGUGUAUAUGUAAAUAUAUAUUCUAUUCUUCCUGUCGUGAUAGUCACAGAUUGUGUAAAUAACUGGACAGUUUGAAUCAUGUUCUCCGAUCAGAUUCACUCAAGCAACUAAGGUGUGUGUUUAUUUUCCCCAUCUCUUUCAGAGAUUUUUAUUUUAUU